AUGGGGAUGCAGCAGCAACAACAACCUUUGGAAAUGAUGAGACAUCUACGAACAACGAAACGAAAACGACCAUGGGAUCGAACAACCAAAAUGGCAACUAUAACAGUUCUGUUGUUGUCAAGUCUAUGGGCGCCAACUGCUUGCGGAGAGGAAAGCCUGCUGUUUCGUCAAAGCGAACGCACGAAAUCUCCAAGGCAGUCUUCAGGUCUCACCAAGGAUUUUGCUCCAUUUGUAUUUAAUAUGAGAAUGGAGGUGACAAAUUCUGUUGAUUUCAAUGAACUUUUGGGACAGCUAAACAGCAACAUGGAGGCGUAUCUGUUUGAGGAACUCCUACGUUACGGUGGAUUCGUUGAUUAUUUGACGAUUCGGGCUGUAACCUUGGAAGUCACACUGUUGGUUCGAAGGCGGAUACAGCAAGAAGAUUUCCUCAGGCGACGGAUACAAGAAAGUACACGUAUCGUUUCAGUGGAAGUGGAAGGGGCAACGCACUAUGAGGUAGAUGAUUCGCAAGUUGGGCUAGAAACAGUGAAAAGCCAAGUUCUGCAGGAAGUAGAUGCUCUGUUGACUGUCAAAGAAGUGGGGAGAUCGAUAAUGAGUUCGGAUACUGUAGAAAACGUGGUGCAAGUGACUGAGGUAUCACUCAAUGAGGCAAUCGAAGAUGAUGACGACGGUGAUGACGAUUUAGUUGCAAACGAUGCCACUGGUAUAGAGAACAAGAUAGAGAAGCCGACGACACUGGAAAUGGUAGUUGGUUUCACUUUAUUAACUCUGAUGGUUCUCAGUUGGGUCUUUUACGGCUAUCUCUUUUGGCAGAAACGAGAGAAACGAUUGGCGCGGAAAAAUCGUCCUCAACCGAAACCAAAUUUGCCACAAAAUCUAAAGCCAGCAAGGAAACAGACGGCUCCUUCGCCAUCCAACAAACAUGGACAACGUCCUCUAAAGCAAUAUCCUCCAUUGCAAGCAACACCACAGAAGCAAGACACAGACAUUAUGAAAAUUCUUCCUACUACGAGCUCGGACGAUUCAUCGUAUAAGGAGGAUACGAAUGGACCUAUCUUCGAGGAAACAAAUCCUUUCGCUGAUACUUUCACUCAAGAGUUGGAUGUACCAUCGAAACGAGACGACGAAGCAUGGGCAAAGCUUCGUCAAAAGCAAAGUGCAUUCGAUGGAAACUUUGUCGAUAUGAAUGCUGGGAAAAAUAAUGACAAGAAGGCAAAGAAAAGCAACUCAAACAGCAUGACGCCCUUUACGCCGUAUUCACCAUAUGGUGAUGGUGCGCAAGAAGGUGUCGACUUUAGUUUGGAUGAUAUCAGUAAUUGGGAGCCUUAUGGUAUCUCUAACCCAAAGACAGAAGAGAAAAAGGAAGAUGCAUGGGGUACAGCAUCCGCCUUUUCUGUGGGCUCAUCCGCCUUUUCAGAUGCGUUUGGAAUGGAUCUAUCGCAAAUGGGGGGUUCUGUAAACGCUGACAGGUUGGAACAAUCGUCAGUCGCCGGCUCCGAGGCUUCUAGUAUGAUGCUGGAAGUACAAAAGCUGACACAAUAUGUUCAACGUUACGAAAAACGAAAGGAACGGAAGAUGAAACGGGAAAAGGAAAUCGAGACUAGAAGCUCUGAAGGUAGCGGCGCAGAUAUGAAUUACUUGAAGAAUCUUAAGAUGUCCGUAGAUCAACGAACUCGUGACAAGAACGGAAGGGGACACGUUUCAUUCACGGAUGCCAAUAGCCAUGCAAACAGCAGUGCAAGUGGCACGUCCUUGAAGGAGGCUGGAGCGAAUCUAACAAAUCAGCUCCUGCAAAAGUCGAGAUCUCCACCAGCGGCAAAUCGAUUUGGUUUCUCGCCGUUCCAAGAAGACUUCAAGGUUGAAACGGUUAUGGAAGAAGAUGAAGAGUACGAAGUUGAAGAGGAAAAGAAGCCAAGGGCUAGUUAUCCAAUCGAUACAUCGACUGAACCAGCACGGCCACGGUCAAGGAGUUUUGGCGAUCGGCCUCAGUACAAGAACACUUUUUAUGCACCACCGACCAAUUCGGCUGUUCUCGACAAAUACAAAGCAGCAACAGACAGCAAGCGAAAGAGAUUGGAGGCACUCCGCUCGAACACCGCCAUCAUCGAUAGCUCUAAAUCUGACGUCAAUGUGGGGAGUUUUGGGGGCUUCUUACAAGGAGAUACCCCAGCUGCUUUCUCGUCCGCAUCUCCUUCGCAGUUUGCUGAAAGAGCAGCUCCUUCACUAGCGCCAGCGCCACGACCAGCACCUGCACCACGAUCACCACCUGCACCACUGCCCGCAACAAAUGCCCCGGCUCGACAAUACAAUCCCCCAAGACCGAGGACCAAUUCCAGCUCCAAUUUCGCGAGUGCCCGAAGCAUGUUUGAGCAGAAAUCGCAGGCUCCAAUAUUCCCAUCGGGGCAAUUCUUCUAG